CAUAUGAUUAAAAACAUAGUGAUAAACAUUCAGAAGGCAGUAUUUUUAUUUUCAUAAUCAAAUUAAUCAUUAAAAAAUAACAAAAGCUUUAAUAUUUAUAUUUUAAAGUAUCACUCUAUGAACUAUAUUCGGUAGUUUUUAUAGGAUACAAAAUCAGAUUUAUAUGAAUAAUUAAAAAUGUCGCUCCUAGAAGUUGACUCAUGGUCAAGAGAAUGCGAAGCAUGUUCAACGCUUAGUGAAUCAAUUAAACUGAAAUUGGCAAAGCGCGAAAAAGGCCAAAAAAAUUCGGUACAAUACAACCGCCUUACAGCCGCAAUACAGACUGAACUAAAACAGUUCGAGGGUGAAGUAAAAGAACUUAAACAGAAGCUGCGCUUACUGGAGGAUGCCCAGUCAAUAGCUCCUGAAGAGGUUAUUCUCAGAAAGCAACAAGUGGAUGCACUUCAAACACAGCUUGCACAAGUACAUCGGAAAAUAACGCAAGACACAAAUUGGGAGCGGGCGGAACUGUUUGCUCAAUCGCCCGUCGAUACUGAUAGAGCUGGCGGCUCAACUGAAAAUGCAUUUCCAACAAACAAUGUAAGUGAUGUCAACGCUUUGAAACAGCGGCAAAUCGACAUUCUGGAGAGGCAAAAUCGAGGUUUAGAGAUUUUAUCUCAAACAAUCUCGAGACAAAAAAAUCUCGCUUCACAAUUAGGUCAAGAAGUAGGAAACCAAAAUGAUAUACUAGAUAAUUUGGCAGAUACUAUGGAAAGGGUUGAUGCGCAUGUACAUGUUGAAACAGGCAAUAUCAGCGAAGUAGAUCGAAGGGAUAGCACAUGGGGCUACUGGUUGAUAAUAAUUGUUUUGUUUGUUGCCAUUAUUAUUGUGGCAGUCGUUUAAUUUGUGAACGCAUAUUAAAGUGGAAAAUAUUUUCCAAAACGUGUGAUAAGAUAAACACCUUUUUUAUGUUUAACGUUGAAGCGAAAUCAAGAGUCAAGGGAGUCAAUUAGAAAGUAUAAGAACUACAUUUGUAAAUAACCUAAAUAAAGCGGAAAGAAGUAGCACGUUCAUAUUACCGAAAUUAAGAAUUGAAAUGUUAGAUAUGAAGUAGAUGAUAGAUGGUGAAAUAGAGAUGCAACGAUACAUUGAUACAUUUCGCUGCCAACAGGAAAAUAAAGUACGGGACCCGCUCGUUUAGUGAACUAAUUCAGACAGGGUCUGUUCAUAUAAACGAAUUGUUCAUAUAUAUAUAUAUAUAUUUUUUUUAUUAUUAGUAUUUUCAUUGCAACUAGUAUAACAUUACAUAUUUAUACUAACGAGCAAUUUUUGUGGAGUUUUGUUACAACAAAUAAUUUGAGUUAAUCCUCAGCAAAAUACAAUUCAUACUUUUAACUGAUUUUUAUUUA